CUCCCCAUACGCAGCUCUUGCUUCUUCCCCAUGCAUGCUUGCUCUCACUGACAAUAACAACAAGAAGCCUAAUUAGGAAACUUAGAUCUGAUGAACAGCGAAAGUAAUUGUAGAGAUCCAUUACAGUUUGCCACGAAAAUGUUACAACGUUGAUGUCAUAUCUUCACUGAGCUGUGGUCUGCCUUCUUGCAAAGUAUGUCCAUGAUGAAAUCACUUACCUUUCCCCAUCCUUCAUAUUCAAUAUUUGUCAUGAUGACCUGAGCUGAACCUGAAUAGUUCAAAUGUUGCACUUGUUAUCCCAUAUUAACCUUCGAAGAAUGUACGAAGAACUAGCAGACUGUGAACAUUUCAAUAUUACUAACGAAAAUGAUGCCCCCUUACUGAAGAACAAGUAGGUUUCCCUUCAUGUAAAUAUUUUCUUGUCGUGGCGUUAUGUUGAACGGCCUCAGGUGGGAGGAAAGGUAAUCUCAAUCACUACAAGAAGAAGUCUCUCUUUCAGAGACUUGCUUGUCCUUAUCGUGUUUGCUUAUACCUCUUCUCCGUAUCUGAUAAGACUCAAUCAUAACUUCUGCUGAUCUGGUACUUCAUGCGCAGGGGUAAGGCGGGAACCCCUCUAAAUCUAAAUCCGUAUGGACUUUAGUUUUAGUAGAGACACACAAGAACAAUAGAACUAAAAACUUAGAAGAGGUCCCACCUGGUGCCUUGAGCGAUUCUUGGGGUGAUGAUUUCUGACGUCAACUAGUUGUACUCAAGAAUGACUACUGACAGCAACCAUGACUAUCUUCUUAGGAAAUCAACAUGAAAGGGAUUCCGCUUGAUACAUUUUCUUGUUAAUAGCUCUUCCUCUUCGCUAAGUAUAUAUUGCGCAGCUAUCUUGUUUAUUUUCCUUUGGUUUUCAGUCACUGCGUCACGGAGUGUCUUAAGACUCGCGUCGCGAUAGGUCUUACGAUUGGAGUGCUUGCGGGAUGUGUGGCGUUUGAUCCCCCACAUCUGGGUCUGCCGUAGUGCAUAAAUUUGGGCCCGGCGCAUUCUCCUCG